AUGCUCGGAAUUGAUGAGGAUCUAGAAGAUACGCCGCGGUAUUCUGAUAACCCUGAAUUUGAAAGCAUUGUCGAACCACUUCUAAGUAAUCUUUUCGAGAUGAACGGACAUUUGAGCACAUUACAACAGUUUAUCAAAACGUUGGAAAGGAACCAGAAACAGGGAAAUGUCAAAUCCAAAAUGAUCGCAAAUCUGGACAAGAAGUCAAUGUUUCAUAUAGACGAAAUCACCAAACUCGUGAAAGUGGUCAAUUCGUUGGCUCAAAGAAUCAGUUCGAUGGAAGAAACAGCAUUGGAUAAAUCUCAGGUUAUAUCGAGGGAAAAACUAAUACGUGACAUUCGGUAUUCGGUCCAGGAAUUUCAGGGCGCACGAGAAGAGUUCACAAGCGUUUCCAAAGCCAUGAAUGACGAAGCCAAAGCGGCCCUUGGCCAAGAAGAAGAAGCACGGAAAACCAGCGGUCUUUUGCAGGAAGAACAAAAUGACAACCAGAAAGCACAACAGCACACCGUAGUGAUAGAACGGGAAGAUGUCAACAACGAGGAAUUUGCUUACCAGCAGCAGCUGAUACAGCAACGAGAUCAGGAAAUCUCGCGCAUUGAAAGUGGUGUUAGCGAACUGAAUCAGAUAUUCCAUGAUCUUGGGAGCAUUGUACAGCAGCAGGGCCAUCUUGUGGAUAACAUUGAAAGCAAUAUCUAUUCUGUGGCAAACAGUGCUCAGGCAGGGGCUCGCGAAUUAACGAAGGCGAUGAACUAUCAGCGAGGCUCUAGCAAAAGAUGUUUGAUGAUUUUGGCAGUCUUUUCCUUUCUUCUGGUAAUGUUUAUCUUGGUUGUUCUUAGCUAA